AAUGUCACGUCAAACUCUCACUCCCACUGUCUCCUCCCCCUCUAGCUCUGUGUAUUAAGCUCAUGGUUGCCUGUUGCUUUUGUGUUUGUCUUGAAAUGAAUCUGCAAUCAUCAUGUGGACGACUCUCAUGAAGUUAGAUUUGGCCUCCGUAUGCCUGGCGGUCUUUCUAGGUUUGAUCUUUCUGGUUCUGUUUGAGAUCUUUAGGAUUAAUUCCUGCAGAGCUCAAACUCCACCUGGUCCCAGACCACUGCCUUUUGUGGGAACCAUACCAUAUUUUUUAAAGAACCCAAUGGAGUUCAUAAGAUCGUUAUCUCAGUAUGGAGAGAUGGCCACUGUCUAUGUUGGGAGAAAGCCAGCAAUAUUCCUCAAUGCAAUUGAACUUGCGAAGGAAGCCCUGGUCCAAAAUGCAUCAUCUUUUUCAGGAAGGCCACCUGUACCUCUUCUAAUCUGGAUCACUGAAGGAUAUGGUAUUGUAAUGGCCACAUUUGGUCACUCCUGGAGGCAACAGAGACGGUUUGCUCUGCACACGCUCAGGAACUUUGGCCUGGGGAAGAAGUCUGUGGAGGAAUGUGUGACCGAGGAAAGCAGUUACCUGGUUCCUGAAAUGCUCAAAUUGGAAGGCAAGCCGUUCGACCCCCAACAUGCAAUACAGAAUGCUGUAUCCAACAUUAUCUGUUCCAUCGUGUUUGGGGAUCGUUUUGAGUAUGAUAACAAGCGCUUCGCAUACCUUCUGGAAAUCGUGAAGGAGAACAUCAUUCAGUCAGGAUCACUUAUUGGACAGGUGUUUAACUUGCUUCCCAUCAUCAAACAUUUCCCAGGGCCACACCAGAAAAUUUAUCAGAACACAGAAGAGUUGAAAGCUUUCAUCAGAGAAGCAGUCAAAACACACAGAGAAACUCUGGAUCCAGACAGUCCACGGGACUUUAUUGAUGCCUACCUGCUAGAGAUCGAGAAAAAAAAGUCAAACGAGGACUCCACAUUUCAUGAGGAUAACAUGGUAAUGUCAGUAGCUGAUCUUUUCCUGGCUGGAACUGACACCACAGCGACCACCAUCAGAUGGGGGCUCAUCUUCUUGACUCAAAACCCAGAUGUACAAGAGCGAUGUCAUGAGGAGAUUGUUCGAGUUCUGGGUUAUGACCGCUUGCCCAGCAUGGAUGACCGUGACAAACUACCAUACACACACGGCACUGUUCAUGAGAUUCAGCGCUGUGCCAACAUUGUACCCUCUGGGGUUUUUCAUGAAACGACUCAGCCCGCAAAACUUCGAGGAUUCGACAUUCCCAAGGGCACCAUGGUAUUUACUAACUUAACGGCAAUUUUAAGUGAUAAGGAGCACUGGAAGUACCCAGACACUUUUAACCCAGAGAAUUUCUUAGAUGAUAAUGGACAUUUCUUCAAACCAGAGUCUUUCCUCCCUUUCUCCUUGGGUCCGAGGGUCUGUCUCGGUGAGACCCUAGCUAAGACAGAGCUCUUCCUCUUCGUCACCUCUCUCUUACAGCGGAUUCGUUUCUCCUGGCCACCUGGUGCGAAGUGGCCAGACAUGAAUGGCAUUGUCAGCUUAGUCCGUUCUCCUGAGCCAUUCAACAUCAUCUGCCACAGCAGAGGAUCCAGAGAUAUUGUGGUGUAUGCAUUCAUCAUAUCAGUCAUAUCAACACAACUGAAAGGGUUAACUGCGUGGCAAACUCCCACACUGUCUCCACCCUCUUCCGCUUUUGUAAAACUCACCAGUCUUUCACUGCUCUUGUGUUUGUCUUGGAAUGGAUCUGUCAUCAUGUGGACGAGUCUGAUGAAGUUAGACCUGACCUCUGUAUGCCUGGCUCUGUCUCUGGGUUUGAUCUUUAUGGUUCUGUUUGAAAUCUUCAGGAUUAAUUCAUGCAGAGGUCAAACUCCACCUGGUCCCAAACCUCUGCCUUUUGUGGGAGUGUUACCACAGCUUAUAAAGAAUCCAAUGGAGUUCAUAAGAUCUGUGUCUCAAUAUGGAGAGAUAUCUACGGUGUAUAUCGGAAGGAAGCCAACAAUAGUCCUAAAUACAAUCCAGGUCACUAAGGAAACAUUGGUUCAGGAAGCUUUUUCUGGAAGACCAUCUAUGCCUCUUAUAGAAUGGAUAACUAACGGACUUGGUAUUAUAAUGGUCACGUUUGGUCACUCCUGGAGGCAGCAGAGACGCUUUGCUCUGCACACACUCAGGAAUUUUGGCCUGGGGAAGAAAUCAGUAGAAGAUCGUGUGUUAGAGGAAAGCCAGUAUCUGAUUGCUGAAAUGCUUAAAGCAGAAGGCAAGUCUAUGAACCCCCAACAUGCCAUACAGAAUGCCGUUUCUAACAUUAUCUGUUCCAUCGUGUUUGGAGAUCGCUUUGACUACGAUAACAAACGCUUCUCAUACCUUCUGAAAAUCCUGAAUGAAAACUUUAUACUCGCAGGGUCAGCUGCGGGACAGAUUUUCAACUUAGCCCCCUUCAUCAAGCAUUUCCCUGGGCCACACCAGAAGGUCAUGCGGAACGCCACUGAGUUACUGGGUUUCAUCCGGAAUGAGGUAAAAGAACACAAAGAAACUCUGGAUCCAGACAGCCCUCGAGACUUCAUUGAUGCCUACCUGCUGGAGAUCGAGAAACAAAAGUCCAAUGAGGGCUCCACGUUUCAUGAGGAGAACAUGGUUAUGUCAACAGCUGACCUGUUUCUGGCUGGAACCGACACCACGUCAACCACCAUCAGAUGGGGGCUCAUCUUCUUGAUUCAAAACCCAGAUGUACAAGAGCGAUGUCACAAGGAGAUUGUUCGGGUGUUGGGAUACGACCGUUUGCCCAGCAUGGAUGACCGUGACAAACUACCGUACACAUAUGCCACUGUUCACGAGAUUCAGCGCUGUGCCAACAUUGUACCUCUUGGAGUGAUUCAUGAAACUAUUCGCCCCACAAAACUACGAGGAUACGACAUUCCCCAGGGAACUAUGGUCAUGACAAACUUAGCGGCAAUUUUCAGUGACAAGGAGCACUGGAAGCAUCCAGACACCUUUAACCCGGAGAAUUUCUUGGAUGAAAAUGGGAACUUCUUCAAACCAGAAUCUUUCAUCGCCUUUUCACUGGGUCCGAGGGUCUGUCUCGGGGAGACUCUGGCGAGGACGGAGCUCUUCUUGUACAUCACGUCUCUCCUACAGCGGAUUCAAUUCUCCUGGCCGCCCGAGCCACAGUCCAUAGACAUGGAUGGGGUCAUGGGUAUCGUCCGCUUUCCUCAGAACUUCAACAUCGUCUGCCACAGCAGAGAUACUAAAAGUGACCAUCAGUAACCUCAAAAACACGACAUACAGACAUCAUUAUGUCAUCAUACUUACUGAAGAACAACAAAGCUGCUGAGACACACAAGACCAUCUUGGCUCAUCUAAAUCAUUGUGUAUAUCAGUUAUUUUAUAGAUGAACUGUUUUCAGGUAAUUCUGAUUACAGGAACAAAAAUAAUUUAUUUUCAGUUGUUACAACAUCAGAUGACACUGAUGCAUCUUAAUAGUUAUGAACAUUUAUUUUAGCAUAAGCAUAUGAUUGUGUGUUUAUGCAAUCGAAAAUUAAGUUAAAAUAAGAAUUUUAUUUUAUUGUAUAGUAAAUGUAUACACGCAUAUAAAUCAUAUAUAUAUGCACAAGAGCACAUUAUACAGUAGUUGUUAUGUCUGUGUGUUUAAAGUCGUAGAGCUGGUUGAGUUACUGGAUCAUGUUACUCGAAUGAUCAUGUUGUGACAUGAGCUGCAUGGUCAUCUUCCACAGGCUGAGCAGAUGGUAAUGGACAAUCUUGUUAAAUAUUUAACCUAAUAUGAAAUUUUGAUUCAUCUUAAUCAUACAGCCCUACCUAAUAAACAGAGAACUAUUUAAGACCGUU